AUGACUGAUUUGAAUUUAACCGACAAGGUUCUACAAGAAGUGGUUGAGAAAAAGUCAACUAUGGGAAUAUGGAAUAAGCUUGAAGGAUUAUCAGCUUUGAACAGCUUGAAGAUUCUCGAUCUAAGUGAUAAUCAGAUCAAUAGUUUUGUUGUCCAUCAAGGUUUCAAACCUCUAAGUAAAUUGGAAGUCCUUGCCUUAGAUGUGAAUAUGAUAAAUGGAAGCAUGUUGAGGAAGUCGUUAAAAGCCUUCACAUCUAUAAGGGUGCUUUCUCUGAGUGAAAACGAAUUUAUAGGAACAAUUGUUGCUGAAGACUUUCGUGACCUAAGUUGCCUCGAACACUUGACAUUGGAAAAUUCUAAGAUAGAAAAUGUGUUUUUUGAAAGUAUUGGGGAAUUGACGUCUUUGAAAGUUUUGACUCUUUCAGGAUGUGAAAUAAAUGGCACCCUUCCUGAUGCUGGUUGGUCUAAGCUCAAGAAGCUGGAAGAAUUAGAUUUAGGGGAAAAUGAAUUUGAGGGUCCACUUCCUUCAUCUUUUGUUAACAUGACUUCUCUUCGAAGGUUGGAACUUUCUUAUAAUCACUUCACUGGAAAUUUUGAUUCUAACCUUGCAAGCUUUACAUCACUAGAAUAUUUUGGUUUUAUAGAAAACCAAUUUGAUGUUCCUGUUUCUUUCAAACCAUUUGCCAAUCAUUCAAAACUCAAAUUCAUCUAUGGUGAAGGAAACAGAGUAAUACUAGACUCACAUCCUAGUUUGCAAACUUGGAUUCCAAAAUUUCAAUUACAAGUCCUCAGUUUGUCUUCAACAACAGUGACUAAUUUUCUCCCACUCCCCCAUUUUCUUCGUUACCAAUACAAUUUGACUAGUCUGGAUUUGACUAGUUGUAAGUUGGAAGGAGAGUUUCCGAACUGGUUGUUGGAAAACAACACAAAAAUAUCUGAAUUUCUUGUUAGAAAUUGUUCUUUUACAAAUACUUUCCAAUUACCAUCACAUCCCCUUCCUAACAUGAGGAGAAUUGAUGUGUCUGAUAAUGCAAUAACUGGCCACAUACCUAGCAAUAAUAUAAGUUCAAUCUUUCCAAAUUUGCAAUUUCUAAACAUGUCUAUAAACAAUAUCCAAGGUUCAAUUCCUCAUGAUUUUGGCCAAAUGAACUUACUAGACACAUUGGAUCUCUCAGACAAUCAUUUGUCUGGAGAAAUGCAGAACAUAUCUGGGGAUAAGUCUCUGCUCAAUUUUCUGAAACUUUCAAACAAUAAAUUAGAUGGAUCUUUGUUUCCUACUUUGUCAAAUUUGAAGCAUUUGGAGCAGUUGUAUUUGGAUGGCAAUAGCCUUUCUGGUAGCAUCCCAAGUAGCUUUCCCAACGCAUCAUUGUUGGCCUUGGAUUUAAGCAAUAAUCAUUUAGGGGGUAAACUACCAAGGGUGAUAGGCAAUUCAUCAAACUUAGUGGCGCUUUCAUUGUCUAACAAUCAUCUUGAAGGAUCUAUUCCAACUCAAUUUGUGGAACUUCAAUCUCUAGUUUAUCUAGAUAUGUCAGACAACAGUUUCACUGGUUCUGUACCAUCUUUUGCUAAUGCUUCGGCAAGGUUCAUUCAUUUGAACAACAAUAGGUUGAGUAGCUUGUCAAAAAGGAUGUUCGGAGAAAGUUCUUCCCUAUGGAUAUUAGACCUUAGAUACAACGAAAUAAAUGCCAACAUACACAAUAUGAUACAAGAUCUCAGUUAUUCAGGGGUGAGCAUUCUUCUUUUGAAAGGUAAUCUCUUUUUAGGGAAAAUAUCAAAGCAAAUAUGCCAACUGAUUGAUUUGACUAUCCUUGAUCUUUCUCAUAACAAUCUUUCUGGUCCAAUACCAAGUUGCUUGGGCAAAAUGCAUUUUGAGAAUGAGAACCCUGUGCAAUCACAGAUGAUAUUUGGUGGCUUCUAUGAUAGAGGUAAAAACUCAUUGCCUUAUGUCCAAGAGAAAGUAAACUUCACUACAAAGGAAAGAUCCUACAAUUAUACAGGGGAAAUCCUUUCUUUUAUGUCUGGAAUUGAUUUAUCCUACAAUAAACUAAGUGGGAAUAUCCCACCUGCUCUUGGAAACUUGACAAAAAUUCGAGCAAUGAACUUGUCCCACAAUUAUUUGACUGGGAAAAUUCCAGCUACAUUCUCCCAUUUGGUACAAACAGAGAGUUUGGAUCUAUCUUUUAACAUAUUAAGUGGUCAAAUUCCUUCUCAAUUAAGUGAUUUAACCUCUCUUGCCAUCUUCAGUGUGGCGCAUAACAACUUAUCAGGUGAAACACCAGAAAGGAAAGGGCAAUUUAUAACCUUUGAUGAAAGAAGCUAUGAGGGUAAUCCUUUUCUUUGUGGACCUCCACUACCAAAAAGUUGUUAUCCUAAUGAACAACCACCUGUUAUUUUACCCAAUGACUCAAGUGUUGAUGGGGACAAAGGAGGUUUGGUUGACAGGUAUGUUUUCUGCAUAAGCUUUGGUGCCUCAUACGCAUCAAUAUUGUUGGUAAUUGCAAUGACUUUGUACAUGAACCCUUACUGGAGGCAAGCAUGGUUUUACUGUAUGGAAUUGGUCAUCACAAAUUGCCACUACUUUCUCGAGGACAAUUUGUGUAAGUUUACAAAUUUUAAAAAUACGUAA